AAUGCCAUGGAAUGGAGAAACCAAUAACAUUACCUGAAAAGGGUCACAGGGAGAAGGACACUGCUUUUUUUCCUUUUUCUUCUUAAUUUUUUUUUUGGUUUUGCAUUUUGCUGCUUUUUGAAGAAGUAUGUGCCAAAUGAACCAAGAGAGAAGGAAACUCAUGCAGUGUGCCUUAGCAUUGUUGCAGCUCCUCUGGACCUGAACAAACUUCAAUUUGAACAUGGACCUUUUGAUGAUUUUUGUGAAGCUAUAGAGAAGAGAGCAAACUAACUAAGGCUGGGUGUUUUAGGGAACUUUUUAAAAAAUUCGAAAAAAAAAAAAAAUUUAGACAUAGAACGAAUAACUACCAUCCAUUUAAACAAAAUAAUUUCUGUGAUUUUCCCAUUUUAUACAAGGGGAUGUAGAAAAUAACUAUAUGUGUUUACUGUUUGUAAAAUAGUACAGUCUGGCACAACUUGCUAUUGAUGGACUCAUUCAUUUUAGCAUUGGAGAUGUUUCUGACAACAGUUUAUAUGUACUAUAGGAGAAGGUCAAAGUGCUUUUAAGUUUUUAUAAGGUGAAUUUUAAUUGCUGGUAGAUGCAGUGGGUUCUGCCUGGAAAAGAAAAAAAAAACGGAUUCAUGAGGAGGGAAAAUAUCAAGAAGAACCGUGAUUUGUGAAAAGCAGGUUUUUCGGUGUGAAGUGGGACUGAUUGAAGCAGCCAAGUGCUGGGACACUGCACCAAGGCCUGUCUGACAGGGUGGUCUGUUAUUGCAAUUAACUGGAUGUUUUGAUAGACAAUAGCAGGCAUGCUGUGCGGAUUGAGAAGGGAACUGCAGUCCGAAUUUGAUGAUGGCCCAUACUCCAAGGGGAGCAAGGACCCUGCAGGGACAGAGAAUUCCCUGACUACAAGAAGGCAGAGUAUACCAGAGGAGUUUAGGGGAGUUACGAUAGUGGAACUAAUAAAGAAAGAAGGCAGUACUCUGGGGUUGACCAUCUCUGGUGGAACAGAUAAAGACGGAAAACCAAGAGUGUCGAACUUGAGAUCUGGGGGUCUGGCUGCAAGAAGCGACCAGCUAAAUGUGGGUGACUACAUCAAAUCGGUGAAUGGGAUAAACUUGACCAAGCUGCGGCAUGAUGAAAUCAUCAGCCUGCUGAAGAAUGUGGGCGAGCGUGUGGUCCUGGAAGUGGAGUAUGAGCUGCCCCCUGCUGCUCCUGAUAGCAGCUCAGGUGUUAUUUCGAAGACAAUCGAGAUCUGUCUGUAUAAGGAAGGCAACAGCUUUGGCUUCGUGUUGAGAGGGGGAGCUCAUGAAGACUGGAACAAAUCACGACCAAUGGUGGUGACCUACGUGAGACCUGGCGGCCCAGCAGACAGGGAAGGGACACUGAAAGCCAGUGACCGUCUCCUGAGUGUAGAUGGGAUACCCCUGCACAGUGUGCCUCAUGCCGAAGCCCUCAAUGCACUCACCCAGUGUGGCCAUGAGGCCCUCUUCCAAAUCGAGUAUGAUGUUUCCAUCAUGGAUUCUGUAACAAAUGCAUCAGGCCCUCUUUUGGUGGAGAUCGCGAAACCUCCAGGAUCGAAUCUGGGGAUCACCUUGACAACAGGGUUGCAUCGGAACAAACAAGUGAUAGUCAUUGACAAGAUCAAAGCCGCAAGCGUGGUCGACAGAUGCGGUGCGUUGCACAUCGGGGAUCACAUCCUGUCUAUCGAUGGCACCGGUACAGAACACUGCUCAGUCUUGGAGGCCACUCAGCUGUUAGCCAGCACCUCUGAGAAUGUUAAACUCGAGAUCCUGCCUGCACACCACAGCCGUCUGCCACUGAAACCCCAGGAAACCGUGAAAGUACAUAAGAGUGACCACCAUCAUUGCUGGGACCCCUGUGUCAAUUAUUGUCAUACGCAGCACCCAGGACACUGCAAGACCCCCACCUGGACCUCCUCCAACCUACCAACCAACCAGGACUACUGCAAAUCUCUGGUGUCUACCAACUUUUCUCCGGGCUCCAUGAACACUGCAGGAUUCUUCAGUCAGAACUCAAGCACUCUGCCACGCAACUCUCAGCCCGUGAGCCCUCGUAACACCAUGAUGAAGAGGAGGCAGAAGAGGAAGGAGCACAAGAGCUCAUUGUCUCUGGCCUCCAGCACGGUGGGCCCCGGAGGUCAGAUCAUUCACACGGAGACCGGCGAGGUGAUCUUGAGGGGGGACCCCCUGAACGGCUUCGGCAUCCAGCUUCAGGGGGGAAUCUUUGCCACGGAAACCCUCUCCUCGCCACCGAUCCUCCGUUUCAUUGAGCCUGAGAGCUCAGCCGAGAGGUGUGGUUUACUGCAGGUAGGAGACCGAUUACUGUCCAUCAAUAACAUACCAACAGAGGACGGGACUCUGGAAGAGGCUAACCAGCUCUUAAGAGACGCCGCGCUCGCCAACAAAGUCACCUUGGAAGUAGAGUUUGAUGUUGCAGAAUCUGUUGUACCCAGCAGCGGCACAUUCCAUGUUAAACUACCCAAGAAGAAAGGAGUGGAGCUGGGAAUUACAAUCAGUGCAAGCAGAAAGCCAGGAGAGCCCCUGAUAAUCUCGGAUAUUAAGAAAGGCAGCAUGGCACACAGAACCGGCACCCUGGAGCCCGGAGACAAGCUGCUGGCCAUCGACAACAUUCGUCUGGAGAACUGCUCCAUGGAGGAUGCAGUGCAGAUCCUGCAGCAGUGUGAGGACCUGGUCAAACUGAAGAUCCGCAAGGAUGAGGACAACUCUGAUGAACAGGAAUUGACUGGCUCUAUAAUCUACACUGUGGAGCUGAAGAGGUACGGCGGUCCAUUGGGAAUCACCAUCUCAGGGACUGAAGAACCCUUUGACCCCAUUGUCAUCUCCGGCCUCACCAAAAGAGGGCUAGCAGAGAGGACUGGAGCUAUUCAUGUGGGUGACAGGAUCUUGGCCAUUAAUAACGUGAGCCUGAAGGGGAAACCACUGAGUGAAGCCAUUCACCUCCUCCAGAUGGCAGGAGAGACUGUCACCCUGAAGAUAAAGAAACAAGUGGACAGACCAAAUUCCCAAAAGAAACUAGGAGCCGUGAAUGAUGUGAGCGAUCCCGAAGACGAGCUGACAGACUCCCAGAAGACGAGCAAACUCUCGGAGAUGUACUCCACCACCAUUCCCAGCGUGGACAGUGCCAUGGAGUCUUGGGACGGCUCCGGAAUCGACGCAGGAUACGGAAGUCAAGGUACAUACAUCCACCAGGCAGCAGGGAUCACGCUGCAUCCCCACGAAUGGAGAAACGCCAAACAGCGGAACAGCACCCCUCCUGCCAACCGCCAGAAGAACUACCCCUACACUGACGGGGGCUUUAGUGAGGAUGACUGGGACAAGCCCACAGGAUAUGUCAGCCACCACCACCAACACCACCCCCACGACGGACUAAACCUGGAACACGAGGACAGUUUUUGGUGCCAAGCUUUGGAAGAUUUAGAAACUUGUGGGCAGUCUGAGCUCCUAAGGGAGAUUGAGGCACUGAUAAUGACUGGAAGCACACUCAGUUUGGGCAUUGAUGGGAACAAGUCGCACAUAGAUUCUGUCAGCCAAACUGGUUUAAGCCCUCGGAGGAAAGGAGCGAUCCUUCUCCACGAUGAGGAAAAGAGGAAGAGCAGGAGUUCAGGGAGCGGAGCCGAGAAGAGCUGGGAGACACGGAGGGUCAAAGACGAGAUGCAGGAGAUCAUGUCGCCAACUCCACUAGAACUGCAUAAGGUCACUGUCGUGAAGGAGAGCGACAGCGAUGACUUUGGCUUCAGCGUCUCGGACGGGUUUCUGGAGAAGGGGGUUUACGUGAACAUGAUCCGCCCAGACGGGCCGGCCGACCGUGGGGGUCUGAAACCCUACGACAGGAUCCUGCAGGUGAAUCACGUACGCACCAGAGACUUUGACUGCUGCUUGGCGGUGCCCCUGAUCACAGAGGCUGGAGAUAAGCUUGAGCUGGUGAUCAGCCGCAACCCCCUGGCACUGUCUGCACGCGCUCAGAACAACAACCGCGAGGAACUGCAGGGCAAGCUUCCGGCCAGGGCACUGUCUGCAUGUGCUCAGACCGAGGACUGCAAAGAAAUGCAGGGCAAGCUUCCGGGGACCAGGGAAAGCACGACGACCACAAUGGAUUUAUAAUAGGGUUCAGGACAGCACUUCAUGUCCCACUGCUGACACAAACCUGUUUAAUUCACAGGUUAAAUUUCAAAUGUAGUUGUCAAAAUGAUUUUCUUUUGUUUUUUCUUUUAUUUAUUUUUAUUUUAUUUUAUUUAACUACUUGAUGAGAAGCACAUACGCACGGAGAGAAAUACUUGAAGAGCAAAAACUCUUUUGUAGGCAGUUGUUGGGAUAAAGACCGGCUGAGUCUUUUAAGGAUAUUUAUUUUUGGCUGAUUUUUAAGUAGCUGAAAGAUGUACUCCAAGAGUGCAGCAAACCUGAAACUUCAUCCAAAAUGUCUGUUGUAUCAUCUUCAUAAUGAAAAUGUUGUACAGCCCGCCACCCAACACAAGCCCUCUCAACAGAAUCGGAACCAUUUUCCUUAUGUACACAGAGUUGAUCAUUAUUAAGUGCCAAACCUUGCAGAAAUGUUUUCCAUCACAAGAGAUGAUCCCAGGGCAUUUCUUUAUUGAUUUGUGGUGUCCUUACUGUAUUAACAGCUAUUUCAUCAUUUCAGUUUCAGCUUCAGGCAGCAUUUAUCUACUGAUAAGGGGUUCAGAUUGCUUUUUCCUUUCACUGUUUGGCACCUGGGAUUCGUAAAGCUCCGAGGCAGGGGAGAUGUUUAAUAAAGAGAGGACAGAAAUUAAUAGAAGCUUUCCCAUCUGGCCCUGUGCAAAACUACACUUGAAUCCAAUUUUCAUUUUAACACCUUAUCUCACAACAAAUGUAGUAUUAGUUAUUAUUUGGUUUAAAGCUUUUUCUUUUUGGUGGCACAAAUUAUAAUUUUUGUAUUUAGUCACAGAACAUGUUUGUACUUGAUUUUGUUUUUCUAUAAUGGGCACAAGUUUAUUAUUUUUAAUUUUAUUAUUGGUAUUUACCAACACUUCUAUUUUAUAAUGCACUUUCUCACUGUCUCUAACGAUUAAAUAUCUUCUUACUGUCUUUUGUGCCAAGGUUGACCUUUUUAAAAGGAUGAUAAACAAGACAUAUUUAUUAUGAGACUUAUUUUCCGUUGGAUUGCAAUGAAGCCGGUUUAUCCUGACACCUAACUACAUUCGCUUCAUGUGUCACGGGUAUAAAUGCCCCACCUGAGCCUCACUCGUUCAGUCAAGGGUGUGCGUUACCUGCUGAAGAUGAAAUGAAAUGGCCAACUUAAAUGUUUUAUAGUAAAAUAAGUUACUGUGCUAGUGAGGAGGGGAGUUCUUUUUAAGGUUUGGUUAUUAUCCAUUUUUAAGUUUGAUGUACUGUUUAAUAUAGAGGCGACCCCUUGCUUAAUGCUGUUCAAUUCUCUAUCUUUGUGUUCUCAUGGUGCUAUAUAUUCAAGUAUUUGUUUAUUGUAAUUGCACUGCUCCUGUACAUCACACAUAUUUUAGUUUUCACAAUUCAUAUUACUACACACUCAGUACCCUUUAUUUUUUUUUAACUUAAUUCACAGUUGGAUCACAAAUGUACAUUUUAAUUUACACAUAUCUUGAAUACAUUCUAGUAAAGCCUGUCCCAUUUAAGUUGUACAUCCAAGUUACUUCAUUAAUCUGCAUUCAUUAUUUAAAACACGUAUCCCCAAGGUGAAAUUGUUAAACCUAACCUGUAGGUGGCACUGUUUCCCAUACACAUUCCACUUUGUGUUCUCUGACUUCCUUUUUGUAAAGCACUUGUUUAUUUUUAAAAGCACUUAAUUAAGCACAAUUAUAAACUGAGGAGAUAUAUACAUUUUUUUUUCUAUUCUUACCUCUUUAUCCCCAGCCUGUGUGCAGCUUUGCUAAACAGGAUUAGCACUGAAACAAAGCAAGUAUUUUAUCAAAUCCAAAUUUAAAAAAAGGUACUAGAAAGUGUGGCUUAUAUAUUUAUAUAAAAACAUAUUUCCAUUCCUUUUAUAUAUUCUAAGGACUUUUUUGUGUUUUAAAUGUUUGUAUAAAGUGUUGUUCUGUUUUGACGCUGUUUAUGGACUAAAGGUCACUAGUUAUGUGCGUGAGCUCUGACUGUGUGAGAUGUGCAAACAAGACAAGGGAAAGCAAACGCAUGUUACUAACCCCCUCUUGUAUUUGCUUGCAACUAUUUCAGGCACAUUUGUUGGCAGGGUUAUGAAGUUGGCUGGUACUUUAUUAGCAAUGUAUUCUGUUGUGAACGAGUGUGUCCUCUAGUACUGGGACCCCUGCAGUGCAUUAUCCAUUAACUUGUUCUAUAUUGAAUUGCCUGGUCUUGGAAAGUUUGAGAGUGGACAGGUUAGGAACUGAUUUUUUUAUGGGCUGGAAAUUUCAUUUGGUGUUGUCAUGGAAAUGGAUACUCCCAUUUAUGUAAAGCCAAGAAAGCAUUAAAAGAAACUGUCAACGGCCCGAUAGGUUAUAGUCAGGUAGCUUUGUUUUUUGUUUUCCUCUACAAAUAUUGUGACUGUAACAAGCUUUUGGGGAAAACCUAUUCGUUCUUGCAAAGCAUGCUGACUAAGAACAGGUUUCUGCUUUUAGAUUCCAUGUGGUGUUUUCAAAUGGUCUGUAACCAACUACAUUACCUGUCUGGGAGGAAAGCCAGAUAAAUUUUAAUAUUUUAAAUACAUUUUUUAAAAAGCUUUUUAUCUAGUACCAGGCCCUCAACCGUUCCUGUAUUCUUGCGUUUUUAUUUCUGUAGAAAUUGGCAUUGGAUUUCAGAAUCUUAGGAGUAGAUUAAAUAGUAUUAUUUUAUUUCGUUUGCGUCUUUUCUUGGAAAGGAGUAGAAAGCUGCCAUUGUUAACUUUGAUUUUGAUUCUUCUCAAAAGAACAAUUCGAAUCUCUGUUUGCAGAAACCAAACCUGCCAAGAAGGACAAGUCAUCCAUAACACUUCUUUAUUAACCUUCCAAGGAAGCUCUCUUAUAACUUGCUUCAAAACAGUGCUGUGAAAUGUGUUCUUUUAAAAAUGAACUAAACUGCUGCUCGCGAAAGUGAGGCUCUGUGUCGCUUCAUGAUGGUUGGAUAAGAAGUGUAUUUUAAUUUUUUUUUUUUUUUUAAUAAUAUUGCCAAUACCUAAGUUGUUAUAUGUAAGUAUAGACAUGUGCCAUAUUUGACACCCAAAAGGUAUUGCUAAGUGUUUUAUAUGCAAAAUUAUAUGGGAGCCUGAAAUGUGCUUCUGUAUGUUUUUAUUUCAUUUUAAAGGCUUUAAAUUUGCCUCUGUAUCCAUCCCUAUGCAUUUUGAACUAGAUAUUAUGUAUGCAUUAAUAUUAAUGUGUAAUAUUAAAGAUGUAUUCUCUGUAUAGUAUUUUUAUAUGAGAUUUUUUCUCGAAGUAUCAAGCACAAUAUUGAAAGGUUGGAUGGAUUCAGUACCUACUUUAGUCCGGUUAGAUGCAUUUGUAAAUAUGUAUUCUUUAAUAAAAGGGAUUGUAAUGAUUAUUUUCUUUUUUAUUAAUAAAGACAAAUACAGAA